GGCCGCAGCGAGUUCGGAGGAGGAACGCCCGUGGGCAGCGCCCCCCCCGACGCGAGGUGACCCCUUCCGAGGGAGCGCACCCCGCCCCGCACCUCCGCGUCCCAGCAGGGCUCCAGCUGCCCCCUCGUCCCCUGGAGGCUCUCUGCCAAGAUGGCAUCAGCCGGAGACCCCCCAACAGGCCCGCGGGAUGCAGCCGACCAGAACUUCGACUACAUGUUCAAACUGCUGCUCAUUGGCAACAGCAGUGUGGGCAAGACGUCCUUCCUGUUCCGCUAUGCGGACGACUCCUUCACGCCUGCCUUCGUCAGCACCGUGGGCAUCGACUUCAAGGUCAAGACGGUCUAUCGCCAUGACAAGAGGAUCAAGCUGCAGAUCUGGGACACGGCGGGCCAGGAGCGCUACCGCACAAUCACCACGGCCUACUACCGUGGAGCCAUGGGCUUCCUGCUCAUGUAUGACGUUGCCAACCAGGAGUCCUUCGCCGCCGUGCAGGACUGGGCCACACAGAUCAAGACCUACUCCUGGGACAAUGCUCAGGUGAUCCUUGUGGGGAACAAGUGUGACCUGGAAGAUGAGCGGGUCGUGCCUACUGAGGAUGGCCGGAAGCUCGCCGAUGACCUUGGUUUUGAGUUCUUUGAGGCCAGCGCCAAGGAGAACAUGAACGUGAAGCAGGUCUUUGAGCGCCUGGUGGACAUCAUCUGUGAGAAGAUGAAUGAGUCCCUAGAACCCAGCUCCAGCCCGGGGAGCAAUGGGAAAGGCCCGGCCUUGGGGGAUGCCCCACCCCCUGAGCCUAGCAGCUGCAGCUGCUAGAGAUGGUCCCCAACCCCUGCCCACCCCUUCCGGCCUUGGCAGGGACUGUGACUGAGGCAUGAGCCACAAGGGCUGUUUCCAAGCUCAGGGCGCCCCCUUCCCUCCCGUCAGCUGCCCCGGCUCCCGCAUGACCUCCGACUUGCCCAAGCAGCCUUAUCACAAGCUCCAGACCCUGGGGAUUCUGCACUGUGGGCAGAGUCUGGGUGCGUUGACAUGCACGAGCUUGCUGCUUUUCAGGAAUUCUAACGGAGGGAGCAUGGGCAGCAUGUCCCACCCCGUCUGGUGGAGGGGCCUCCACAGUGCCUUCUGGGGUUAGAACUCUUGUCCUCAUCCAUUCUGUGUUGGGGUAUUGCCUGGCAUUCACAAGCUGGUCAAAGAUGCUUCGUCAUCUUCCUCCUGCAGUGUAGGUCCUCAGAGUUCAUUCCUGGGGAGGUGGAAGGUGAGUCCUUUCUCAGGGUCCCCUGGUGUGAUCCCAGGCCCACCCAUGAACCUCCUUGGACCUCAAGCUUCCAAGGCGGGAAGGUGAUUUUAGCCCUUGCAGACCCUUGCCUACUGGCCUGCAGAUCCUCUGUCUGUGAAAGCAGUAUUAAAGCAGGUUUUCCCUUAGUAAAGGGGCAGGAAGUCAGAGGCCCACCCCCCCACCGGCUUCAGGGACUCCAGAAGUGCCUUCUGAGCUUCCCCAGGAUUUCACAUCAACCACACCCCCGCCACUGUUUUGGCUUAUCCACUGCAGCAUCUCUGAUCCCUGGAUUGAAUUCUGGAACCAUGGGCCGCAUCAGACUGGGCAGAGAAUGGCCCAAGCUGUGGCGUUCCUGCUCGGGACUUUUUGCAGGGAGUUAACCUCAGAGCCGGGAGCCCCGGACCUCCCGCCCCUUCCUGCCUCUCCCAGGCCCCAUUUAGCUGGUGAUGUUUUAAGCAAGGUCUUUCCACAUCUUCCAUCCUGCUAGAAAAGGAAAUUGAGCAAUGUUCCUAUCACCUGCUCUUGCUGGCGACUUGCCGAUAGAAGGACUCGGGCUCCUCCCCCUCAAGGACCCUUGAAGACCCAGAGUCCUAUUUCCUGAGCCAUGUCAUUGGUGGGGCCCAGAGAGGUGAUGUUUCCUACUAAUGGAGGAGUGACUCUAAGCGAGGCUAUAGGGUUGGGCUGAAGGGGCAAGAAGGCAGGAUUGGGUAAUUACUGUUGCUACAUGUGCUUCACGGACACAGCUUGGGAGUGGCAGGCUGAUGGGGAUGGGCUGGGAACCAGUCUCCCUGGUUGACACAUGAUCAGGGAGCCCACAAGGCUGGGCUCCCCAGCUGGUGGGGGCUCCUGCUGGGAGAUUAUGUGCAGUCUGGGGAUCUCCAUCUUGCUCUCCCCCCGACCCCACCCCAGCUCAGUGUCCUUCCUGCCCACCCAAGGCCAAACUCCAGUGGCAUGGCACCCAUUUUUGCCCCGGAAUACCAACUAACAUCCCAUAAUUUGACAGACACUGUGAAGAUGGUCUAAACAGAUGGUUUGUGUACGCCCCCAGCCCCUGCCACCAAAAUGACUUGCUAUAGCCUUAAAGAUCUCAGCUUCCUCCUGCAAGUGAGGAAGAUCUGGUUCAAGUGGAACUUCGCUCUUAGCCUUUAUAGAAGCUCUACUUCGAAUUUAUUUCUAGAGGGCCCCAUACAUCCCUUGCCAAGGGCUGCCCUUAGAGCUUCAAAGAGAGGGUAUCUGUAAGCCAGCAAGUCAGAUGACUGGUGAAAUGGACAAGUUUCUGGAAACAUACAGUGAGUUUGGGGAAUGUUUGGGGGCAGGAGUCAAAAAUGUUAGUUGCUUUAACAUAAAGGGGAAAUUAAAGGAGCUAUUAAAAAAACCCCAAAACCUGUUAAGAUGCACCAUAGGCUGUCAAGAUUCUGUAGGCCACCCCAUUUUCCUUAAGCUGCUUGCCAAAAAAAAAAAAAAAAUGGUGGUUCAAAGUGCCAUUACCUAAGGGACGAGCCAACUUGUCAUAGCCCGCAUGAUAAAAAAUAGCUUUGGCUGUGCCCUGUACCUGACGUGAAGUAAGCCUUGUGUUUACACAUGAUUUUUGAACAGUUGAGCUUUAAGUAGCAACUGAGACAGGUAGCUGCCUCUGGGUUUUCUCAAAAUUGGGAAUAAUGUAGGAGAGGGUUUUUGUUUUUUUUCUAAAAAUAAUGCAAGUUUUUAUUUUAUAAUUUUGGGUGGGAGGCUUCACUCAUGAUGGUCUCUGGGGAACCAAAACCACUGUCCUGGGAGAUCAUGUGGGUGGGGGUGGUGGUACCUGGUCAGAGGGAUGGAGAUUUGUUGAGUUUACAAACAAAAAUGAAGCCAAAGGCUGCGGGAAAACCACUUCUCAACUCCAGGGAGACCGGGGUCUGGGAAGGGAGCCUGAGGCUGGGUCCUAUAUUCUCACCAUUUGCUUUUAGCAGCUCAUCUUUCCACUGCCAUGACCACGGUUUGGGGUUGGGGGUUUGGGGUUCUGCUUUUUCCUUCUCUUUCUUUGGCCUCCCCAGAGAUCAUGUUCUUGUAAGUAAGGGGUGAAAUUUGGUCUCGGUGUUGAAGCGCUAAUUCCAUGAACUGGCUUCUCCCCUGCGAUCCCAAAACACUACGGAGUGAGCUCUCGACUCAGUCAUUUAGGUACUGGAUGGGUUCUCCUGUGUAAGCGAUUCCUUGAUGUCCACUCGGAAAGACGAGCACUUUUAUCCACAAGAGAAAAUAAAGCCGUUAUGCCCCGA